UUUUCCACUUGGAGGAGAAUUGUCCUUUCCCCACCCCCAAGCCCACCUCUAGGCUGUAAGUAAUGGUGAGAAGAUGAAGAUGAAAACAGUGCAGCCCGAGUGACUGGAGAAAUGCAGCAGUCUCUUUUCGCUGCAGUGCUAUGUAGGAGCCGUCCUCAGACUUGUUACCUCUAGGUUUUGCAGCACAAACUGCUUGCAGGUUUUGGAAGGCUGGGAAAGGAUUUACCAUUUGUGUGUUAGUGUUUUCUGUGUAUCAUCAUAUUACCUUGCUUUUCCCUGGACAGCUGUGUUCAGAGCUUCAUGUGGAAAUCUUUCUGUUGAAGAGAGAUAAAAAGGAUCCUUAAUCUGAUUCUCUUUGGAUCUUUCUAUUUUUAUGGUAUAAGUUUAUCUAUUCAUGGGGCUGAAAAGUGUGUACAAAUCUGUCAGAGGAGAACUGCAGCAAGCUACCCAGUGUCACAGCGUCCGCCCGUGGUUGGACAUCCUUCGCUCCCACGAGUCAGAAGGCCAAUAAAAAUGGAAGCCUCCUCUUCUGGAUCUAGUAUUUCAGCAGUCAUUGGUGGAAAAGCAAAAACUCAUCAGCCAGAAGGAAGAGAGGAUUUGCAGGGUAACCAGUUGGAAACGCAAAUAUGGAUAACACCAGACGUACAGAAGACAGAUGUGGACUUUUCAGAAAUUCUUAAUGCAAUACAAGAAAUAGCCAAGGACGUCAACAUUUUUUUUGAUGAGUUAGAAGGUGUGAACAGCCCUUCCAAAGACGACGACUCUCUGCUUCACCAUGGUAACUUGACCAGUACUUCUGAUGAUGCCAGCAGGUUGGAAGUGGUGGGAGAGGAAGUACCUGAUAAGAACAAAGCCAAUGGACUGUAUUUUAGAGAUGGAAAAUGUCGAAUUGACUACAUUCUGGUGUAUAGAAAAUCCAAUCCACAGACAGAAAAGAGGGAAGUAUUUGAGAGAAAUAUCAGAGCAGAAGGACUUCAAAUGGAGAAAGAGUCAUCUCUAACAAACAGUGACAUCAUCUUUGUGAAGCUGCAUGCCCCUUGGGAGGUCCUGGGCAAAUACGCAGAACUAAUGAAUGUAAGAAUGCCGUUCAGGAGAAAAAUCUAUUACCUGCACCGCCGGUACAAGUUCAUGAAUAGGAUCGAGAAACAAAUAAGCAGGUUUCGAGGAUGGUUACCUAGAAAGCCAAUGAAACUGGACAAGGAGACACUGCCAGACCUGGAGGAGAAUGACUGCUACACUGCCCCAUUCAGCCAACAAAGGAUUCAUCACUUCAUCAUACACAACAAAGACACUUUCUUCAAUAAUGCUACAAGAAGUAGAAUUGUACACCAUAUUUUACAGAGAGUGAAAUAUGAAGAAGGGAAAAACAAAAUUGGUCUGAAUCGAUUGCUCAGUAAUGGCUCCUAUGAAGCUGCAUUUCCUCUUCAUGAGGGAAGUUACAGAAGUAAGAAUUCCAUAAGAACCCACGGGGCAGAAAACCACAGACACCUGCUUUAUGAGUGCUGGGCUUCCUGGGGAGUAUGGUAUAAAUACCAGCCGCUGGAUCUCGUGAGACGGUACUUUGGUGAGAAAAUUGGGCUCUACUUUGCUUGGUUAGGCUGGUACACGGGGAUGCUCUUCCCAGCUGCCUUCAUUGGAUUGUUUGUCUUUUUGUAUGGAGUCACCACGUUGAACCACUGCCAAGUCAGUAAAGAAGUCUGCCAAGCUACAGAUAUCAUAAUGUGUCCUAUAUGUGAUAAAUACUGUCCGUUCAUGAGGUUGUCAGACAGCUGUGUGUAUGCAAAGGUAACCCACCUUUUUGACAAUGGAGCUACUGUCUUUUUUGCUGUUUUCAUGGCAGUGUGGGCAACUGUUUUUCUGGAGUUUUGGAAAAGAAGGAGGGCAGUAAUUGCUUAUGACUGGGACUUGAUAGACUGGGAAGAAGAAGAGGAGGAAAUACGUCCCCAGUUUGAAGCCAAGUACUCCAAGAAAGAGCGAAUGAACCCCAUAUCCGGGAAGCCAGAGCCUUAUCAAGCAUUUGCAGACAAAUGCAGCAGACUCAUUGUUUCUGCGUCUGGAAUAUUUUUUAUGAUCUGUGUGGUGAUUGCUGCUGUUUUCGGAAUUGUUAUUUACCGUGUUGUGACUGUCAGCACUUUUGCUGCCUUUAAGUGGGCUUUAAUCAGGAAUAAUUCUCAGGUUGCAACUACGGGGAAUGCAGUGUGCAUCAACUUUUGCAUCAUCAUGCUACUGAAUGUGCUGUAUGAAAAGGUUGCUCUUUUUCUGACAAAUUUAGAGCAGCCUCGUACUGAGUCUGAGUGGGAGAACAGCUUCACUCUGAAAAUGUUUCUUUUCCAGUUUGUCAAUCUGAACAGCUCUACCUUUUAUAUAGCGUUCUUCCUUGGAAGAUUUACAGGACACCCUGGUGCCUACUUGAGGCUGAUAAACCGGUGGAGACUGGAAGAGUGCCACCCUAGUGGAUGCCUUAUUGAUCUCUGUAUGCAAAUGGGUAUUAUAAUGGUGCUAAAGCAGACCUGGAAUAAUUUCAUGGAACUUGGCUACCCGCUAAUUCAAAACUGGUGGACCAGGAGAAAACUACGACAAGAAUAUGGCACACAGAGAAAAACAAGCUUCCCACAGUGGGAAAAGGACUACAAUCUUCAGCCUAUGAAUGCUUAUGGACUCUUUGAUGAAUACCUAGAAAUGAUUCUUCAGUUUGGGUUCACAACCAUUUUUGUGGCAGCUUUUCCACUGGCACCACUUCUAGCCUUACUUAACAAUAUUAUUGAAAUUCGACUUGAUGCAUACAAAUUCGUUACGCAGUGGAGGAGACCUUUAGCUUCAAGAGCCAAAGACAUAGGAAUCUGGUAUGGGAUUCUGGAAGGCAUUGGAAUUCUCUCUGUUAUCACAAAUGCAUUUGUUAUAGCUGUGACGUCCGACUUUAUCCCUCGACUCGUUUAUGCUUACAAAUACGGACCUUGUGCAGGCCAAGGAGAAGCUGGACAAAAGUGUAUGGUUGGCUACGUUAAUGCCAGUUUAUCUGUAUUUCUGGUGUCUGACUUUGAAAACCGUUCAGAGCCAACAUCAAAUGGAAGUGAAUUCUCUGGUUCACCAUUAAAAUAUUGCAGGUACAGAGACUACCGAGACCCUCCUCACUCCCCUGUGCCCUAUGGUUACACACUGCAAUUCUGGCAUGUCUUAGCAGCACGGUUGGCUUUCAUUAUUGUAUUCGAGCACCUUGUCUUUUGCAUAAAGCACCUGAUUUCCUACUUAAUCCCAGAUCUCCCAAAAGAUUUGAGAGACCGGAUGAGGAGAGAGAAAUACCUGAUUCAGGAAAUGAUGUACGAAGCUGAACUAGAACGUCUGCAGAAAGAAAGGAAGGAAAGGAAGAAGAAUGGAAAAUCUUAUCACAAUGAGUGGCCAUAAUGGGGUGAUGGUCCUAUAUGUUGUUUACUUAUUCCAGCUCCACAAGAGCACUAUCUUCAAGAGAAUGAGAGAAAAUGCAACCUCAAUGCAUGCCACAGACAUUUUCCAUAGCAAGCAGGACAGCACACAGCAAAGGAUUUACUGUGAAAUCAUCUUGCAAUCAGCAUAGGAUUGAUCACCAUAGACCACUCUUGACAGCAAGCAUGUACUUCACAAGCAAUUAUGCUUCAGUUUUUAAAACCAAGGAAAAAAUUGUAUAUUGGGACUGUUUUUCAGCCUGUUUGCUACGUUUUUUGCAUUCUGUCCCAUGCUGGUUUUACAAAUCUUAGAAUAAUAAAUGUAAAUGAAAAACCUGGAUACUUUAACAAAAAGAAAGCCUAGGUAUAUAACAUCAUCUGCUUUCAAGCCACCAAAUACUGCAACUGAAACCCUGUUUACAAAUCAGUUCUUUUUUAUUUCAAAUCUUUCUGAGGGAACUUAUGUUAUUUACCAUAUAUAUAAUAUAUAAAAAAAGUAUAUAGAGAGAUUGUUUAUUUGUAAAUAGAAAAAUCCUAUGGAAAGAAUGUCAAGUUUUCACACUUAAAAAAAUCAUC